AUGGCGAAACUCCAAUACUGCCUCAUCCUCCCUCUCCUCCUGCUCUCCACCUUCGCAACACUAUCUCACGGUGGUAACUCCACCACCGGACCACCCAACACCAUCCCUGAAGAAUGCCAGAAGGCCACCGGCGGACGAUGCCACAGCAAAACCAGAUCUUUAAAGCUUAAAGUCAUCGCCAUUGCUGCAAUUUUAGUAGCAAGUAUGAUGGGUGUGAUCCUACCCAUGCUUUCACGGGCCAUACCCGCUUUACAACCCGACAAGAAGCUCUUCGUAUUGGUUAAAGCCUUUGCUUCCGGAGUAAUUCUCGCAACUGGAUACAUGCACGUCUUACCCGAUUCGUUUGAUUGCUUGACAUCCGAAUGCUUGCCCGAAUACCCAUGGAGAAAGUUCCCAUUCACAACGUUCAUUGCAAUGCUGUCAGCUGUAUUCACGUUAAUGGUGGAUUCGUAUGCAAUGAGUUGCUACAAAAAGUAUCACGAGAAAACAAAACAGAAACUGGAAGUGAAGAUCUCCGGUGAUCAUUUCCAUGGCGAUGGAUCAUCUGGGCUUGAUUCUCCGGCGUCACAAUUGAGGAGAUACAGGGUGGUUGCUCAGGUUCUAGAGUUAGGAAUAGUUGUACACUCAGUUGUGAUCGGACUAUCCAUGGGUGCAUCGGAUAAUUUAUGCACCAUAAGACCUCUAGUGGCUGCGCUAUGCUUCCAUCAGUUCUUUGAAGGAAUGGGUCUCGGUGGUUGCAUUCUUCAGGCGGAGUAUGAGAUGAAAAUGAAGGCAAUGAUGGUGUUUUUCUUCUCGGUGACGACUCCAUUUGGGAUAGCACUUGGAAUUGGGUUGUCGAAUGUGUAUCGUGAAAAUAGUCCGGCAGCCCUGAUGGUGGUCGGAAUACUAGAUGCAUUGUCGGCAGGGCUGUUGAAUUAUAUGGCUUUGGUGGAUCUGUUGGCGGCGGAUUUCAUGGGGAAAAAGCUUCAAGAAGAUAUGAAGCUUCAAGCAAUUUCUUUUGUUGCAGUUUUUCUUGGUGCUGGAGGCAUGUCGGUGAUGGCAAUUUGGGCAUAA